GGCGGCGGCGGGCAGACGCGUCCUGCACACUUGCACCGCGCCCCCUGCGCCUGCGGGCACCAUGAGCGGCCGAGUUGGGGACCUGAGCCCCCAGCAGCAGGAGGCGCUGGCCAGGUUCCAGGAGAACCUCCGGGACCUGUUACCCACCUUGCCCAACGCUGACGAUUUCUUCCUCCUGCGCUGGCUCCGAGCUCGGAACUUUGACCUGCAGAAAUCCGAGAACAUGCUCCGGCAGCACGUGGAGUUCCGGAAGCAACAAGACCUGGACAACAUCCUCUCGUGGCAGCCACUGGAGGGCCCUUACCCACAUGCCCAGGUGAUCCAGCUGUACGACUCGGGAGGCCUGUGCGGCUACGACUAUGAAGGCUGCCCGGUGUGGUUCGACAUCAUUGGGACCCUUGACCCCAAGGGUCUCCUCCUGUCGGCCUCCAAGCAGGAGCUGAUCCGGAAGCGCAUCAGGGUCUGCGAGCUGCUGUUGCGUGAGUGUGCGCUGCAGAGUGAGAAGCUGGGCAGGAAGAUCGAGAUGGUGCUGAUGGUGUUUGACAUGGAGGGGCUGAGCCUGAGGCACCUGUGGAAGCCAGCUGUGGAGGUCUACCAGCAGUUUUUUGCCAUACUGGAAGCAAAUUAUCCUGAGAUGCUGAAGAAUUUAAUUAUUGUUCGAGCCUCCAGACUGUUCCCCGUGGCCUUCAACUUGGUCAAGUCCUUCAUGAGUGAGGAGACACGCAGGAAGAUAGUGAUUCUGGGAGACAACUGGAAGCAGGAGCUGACCAAGUUCAUCAGCCCCGACCAGCUGCCCGUGGAGUUUGGGGGGACCAUGACGGACCCCGACGGCAACCCCAAGUGCUUGACCAAGAUCAACUACGGGGGCGAGGUGCCCAAGACCUACUACCUGCGCAACCAGGUGAGGGCGCAGUACGAGCACACAAAGUCCGUGGGCCGCGGCUCCUCCCUGCAGGUGGAGAAUGAGAUCCUGUUCCCAGGCUGUGUGCUCAGGUGGCAGUUCGCAUCAGAUGGUGGGGACAUCGGCUUUGGGGUUUUCCUGAAGACCAGGAUGGGGGAGCGGCAGCGGGCAGGGGAGAUGACGGAGGUGCUGCCCAGCCAGCGCUACAACGCCCACCUGGUGCCCGAGGACGGGAGCCUCACCUGCCUCAAGGCCGGUGUUUAUGUCUUGCGCUUCGAUAACACCUACAGCCUAGUGCACGCCAAGAAGGUCAGCUACACUGUGGAGGUGCUGCUCCCCGACAAGGCCUCCCAGGAGAAGCUGCAGGGUCUCGAGGCAACAAGACCCUCCCCAGAGCAAUGAAGACCCUGGCCGCAGCCUCUGUGCUUGUGCUUUCCAAACCCUUUGCACCCUCCCCGGGCGCCUGCCGUGCAAGCAGGGUGGUGCUGAAGGUGUGCGCAGAGAGCCACCUACCCUGUGUCACAUCUCAGAAGGGGGACAACCAAAGCCUAGGCCACCCUGAAGAUUCAGAGAAUGGGAGUGACAAUGAGAACCCUGAGGAAGGGUCCUACCUGCAGAAGCUGCCCUCGCGUCCUUCCCGGUGAGAUCCACCCACUCCAGGACUCACCCAUGCCCGGUGUCCCAGCUCGGAACUGUGUGCACAGACCCCGGGCCCUGCAGGGAGCACAGUGUCAGGCCUUGAGAGCAGAGAAGCCCUGUUUUCUGCAGGUGGGAGGCCAGCUGGGAUGGGCAGGGGAGACGGGGCAGGGGUGAGGGUCCCAGUUCCUGCAGAGCUUCCAGGUCCACUUGAGCUUCUUGUUCUGCCUUUGGAGGGAAAAUCAGAAAUGGAGAAGUGGGACCCCCCUGGGUGUGGCUGUGUGGGUUGACUCCAGGGGACAAUGAAGCCAUCAGCCAGAGCCUGGGAGCCCAGGCUGUGCUGCCCUGCCCCCUCCCUACCCUGCCCCGCCCCCUGUCCCCUGGCUGGGCCAGGCCAGCGGCCACCAAUAUCUCAGAAGACCUGGGCCCACGGCUCGGGAUGGUUGCUCCUGCUAUUUGUCCUUCUGGAUUCCCCGUCCUACAGGGCAAAAGAGUACUGUCCCCCCCAGUGAUGGCCCUGAGGGUGAGGGGUCAAUCAGAUGUCCCUGUUGCAACGCAGUAACAUCCCCGAUGCCAAGCCCCUCCCAGAGACCAGUAGCCUCAGCAAAUGCCGGGCCCCUUUCCUGCCCUUGGAUUCUGUGAUUUCACUUUCUCCAAUUAACAGGGGCUUUCUCAAUUACCCAGGACCUAUUUUAGGUGAGAAAAUGAUGAGGCUUGAGAAGGUGGGGGUCUUCAGGUGAGCACCGUGGGGUCCUUGGGGCUCCCAGCUCCUACAGCUGGGGCAGCUGUGACCUUCAUGGGUGCGCAUGCUUAGAGUCUGAACAGGGGCCCUGCUGCUAUAAAAGGCAAACUAACUAAACUAAAUGCCUAGAGCCGGUGCCAUGAGGCAAGUGACAAGGGGGUCGGGUGCAGGCACCAGCGACUGAAUCCUAGAGCUGGCGGAGCACGCCUAGUGGCCUAGUGGUUACACAGCGAGUUCGGCAGUCACCUGCGGAGGUGAGAGCAGGACCUCCUACCAGGCAAGGUGGGCAGGGGCACAUUGAGAGCUCUACCCAGGGGUCUGUCCUCAGCAACCCCAUCCCUAACUCUUAACACUGUCACUUUAAAAACAAAAAAAGGGAAAUCACCCAGAGUGUGGUGCUGAUUUGCCUAAAGUUUGUUUCUCCGUCUAUUCUUUUGUUCUUCAACGUUUAUUGGGUAUCUGCCCAGCACCAGGCUCUGCAGGCCCUGGGGACACGGAGGCACUUGCCCCAUGGUAGGAGGCGGAAGUGGCUCUGACGAUCAGUUAGCGAGUGGGGGUGUCGUCACCGUGCGUGCCUGGGGGGCAGGAGCUGAAUUCGGGGGGAACACCCAGCAAAGAAACAGGACGGGGGUCAGAUGUGCUUUGCCCAAGACGGUGACCCUGAAGGGAGAGUGACUGGAUGUGAGGGUGACCGGGCGCGGGCGAGCUUCCAGACUGAGGAAGAGGGUGUGGGUGGCCAGGGGACUCGGGGGUGUCUGAGGGAGCCGGAGGGGCUCUCCUGGCCUUGGGCAACACUGAUAACAUUUGCCGUUUCUUCAUGAACAACUGUGUGCACA